AUGCGCAGCAGCAGGACCGCCAGGAGCGUCUCGAUCGGCGCGAGCACCGGUACCCCGUACAUCACGGCUCUCGCCGCCGCCGCGACCGUGACCGCGAACGCGAACGCGAACGCGAACGUGAGCGGCGUCCGCGCACCUCGCCGCCAGCUCCGGUUGGUCCCCGAGCUUCGGCUCCCGGUGCCCCCGCGCCCCCUCCGGCCGCUGACCCUCAUGUCGAGCGGCGUGGACGUGGUGGACGAGAUGGGGCGGAUGCUGUCGAACCAGCCGCGCCGGCCGCUCAUUCUCGUGCGCGACAACGCACCGGGCCACACGGCGGAGCCCCGCCGCCGCGGGAACGACGUGCUCGACGACAUCUACCACAUGAUUACCUCGGCGCCCCCGCGCAGUGGGGGUCUCCCGUCCCCCCACCGGCGGUGA